AUGAGUUUCAGAGAGAGAAACCACAAGUCUUGGUUCCUUUUCGGGAAGCGGGUGAGUGCUUCUACGAAUCUUUGUCCUACCGACACUAGAGAGUGGUCAAAGUUAGACUUUGUCCAAUUGCAGAAGACCUAGGUGGAGAAAAACUUACCUCUCAAGAUUUUAUCCAGAAGUUACAAGAUGUUCAGAGAGAAAAACCAAAAAUCCUUGUUCGUGUUUUGGUAGAUGAGAAUUGCGUAUACGGAUCUUGGUCCAACCAAAGGGUCGUUGUCA